GGACGGCCGCAACCACCCCGACCGGUGGUACAAGCUCCACUCCAAGCCGGGGAAGAAGGAGAAGGAUCGGGGUGAGAUCCAGCUGAGCCUGCAGUUCACGCGCCACAGCCUGACGGCCAGCAUGUUCGAUCUGUCGGUCAAGGAGAAGCCGCGCUCGCCCUUCCGGCGGCUGAGGGACAAGAUGAAGGGAAAGCACAGCUACGACCUGGACUCCUCCUCCGCCAUCGUGCCCAGCAGCACCGGAGCCCUGGACGACGACUUCCGCCCGGGGCCCCCCAAGGACAAGGCCCGGGGCAGCUUCUUCUUCAAGGGCCAGCUGCGCCGCUCCUCCCUCACCCGCUCCAGCACCUCCCUGGGCUCCGCCAGCACCCUCUCCUCCGCCAGCAGCCUGGGGGCCCUGGGUAGCACCGAGGGGGGGGCGCCCUCACCCAGCCGGCACAGCAGCUUCUCCACCGACCCUGCCGGGAGAGACUUUCUGCCCUCCCCCCAGCUGACCCACAAGAGGGCCUUCAGUGAUGAGGUGGGCCAGAUCAACCUGUUGCCAGAAGCUCUGCAGGGCCUGAAGACCCCAAAGGACCCCCCCUCCGGGUCCUCGCUCUGCAUCAACGGGAGCCACAUUUACUGCGAAGAGCCCUCCUCCAAGCCCUCCUUCCUCUCGCUGGCCCCCUUCCCUCCUGCCCAGAGUGAGCCUGGAAAGCAGGAGAGGGGCUCGGAGGCCGGACCGCCUGCUGCCCAACCGGAACUCCCGCCCUGGACUGCCAGCGAUUCCCAGAAAGGACCCCCGAAAGACCUGCCCCGCUUCAUCCCCUCGCCCCCCAUUUUGGCGGCGCAGGAAGAAGACAAGCUCUCGGUGAAGACCAUCGCCCUGAACAAGCAGCGGGUGCGAGCCAGGCGGGAGGAGCGGCUGCAGGCCGAGAGCAAGCCCGUUCCCAUGGCCACCCCCCUGGCUUUCCCCUCGGAGGUCCGGAGGGUGAGGCCCCAGGACGAGAGGGACCAACGUGGGAGCCUCAGGGGCCACGGCCAGAGCCCCGAGCCCCAUCUGGAGGCCCUGUCUGGAGAGAAAGAGGAGCCCCAGAGUGGCAGCAGGAUCAGUCCGAGAGACCCCAGAGAGCCGGCUCGAAGGCCCAGCCCGCACCCAGUCAAACCCAUGAGAAGCACGCCCGGCCCAGAGUCCCCACGCAAGGAGACGGCCGGCCUUGCUUCCAGCCUGAGCCAUGGCCAGAUCACAGGCCAGGAGCAGCUCGCCCCCAUGUCUGCCUUCAGUGGGACCUUCGCAGCCUCGGUGGUGCCGUUGGAGAAGAUGGAGGCCAAGCAGCAGAGCCCCUCCACCAAGUACCACCACCUGACGCGGGAGGAGCUGCUGCAACUUCUGCUGCGACGGGAGGCCGAGCUGGGCAAGAAGGAGGAGCAGGUGCGGGAGCUGGAGGGCUACAUCGACCGGCUGCUGGUGCGAAUCAUGGAGCAGUCGCCCACCCUCCUGCAGAUCCCUCUCGAGGAUGGGGGGGUCAAGGCUACCCAGUAGCCCCCCCACCAGGAAUCCAUCACCCCUCCCUUCCCGCCUGGGGUUGGUCUGCCAAAUGCUCCCCUCUUUUGGCACGGACAGCACCCCAGGACACCCUGCUUCCUCGGCCCCCUCUACCCCAGCCUGGGAUCUCUGGGCCCCCAAAUGUUACGGACUCUUCUUGGCACGGCGGAGCGUGUCCCAGGCUGCAGGGACUUCCUGGCCUGUCCCUUUGGGAACUUUGUCACCCCGACCCCACUGCAGUUAGGCAGCCUUCGCUGCCCACUUAUGCCCCCCCCCCCCGUUCUCCCCUGGCUGAAAGGGAAGGUUUGCACACUGGGGGCGGUCGAAGGAAAAGCCACCCAGGAAAAUCCGCCUGACUGGACAGAGCUCCUGGGACUAUACUUUGCCUUGUUCCAUGAGGACUAGUAUCUUCCUCUGAUUUGUUCAGUGUUCAAGGCGAUGCCAGCACGCAGCACCUCGGAACCAGCCUGAUCUUUUCCGGGCCAUCUCAGGGCGAUUGGUGCUCUGCCUGCCCCAGAGAAGUACCAAGGGCUGGCUGUGCAUGCCAAAACCACCCUCCUCCGUCCCGUUCUCCCCCCCCCCCAUACUCGGCCUGGAGGGUCUCUCUAAGGAAAGGAGGGGCGCAUCUGCCUGAAGUGGUAAUAAGACAAGACGUGCCUUUUUGACACCUCCCCUCCCCCAGAGAAAACCUGGCCUGCAUGUAAGGAUGCCCACUCAGCCGCCUUAUUUACUGACCCCAAGAAUCCCACAGCAAGGAGAGGAGGGGCUGCACAGGGGCUUCAAAGUCUGGGAGGAAUGCCUUGGCUCCCGAGAGGCAGUUUGGGGGCUGACCCCCAUCGAAGCCUAAGGGCUCUGUGCCACGGGUGGAUGCCCUUCCUGGCAGCUUCAGUUGCUUAACUCUUCUGGAAAACCCACCUGUCACCCGCCUGGCUCCCUUGGCAAAAAGGCCUGGUGGGGGGGGGGCGCAACUGAAGGCCUGAAUCAAGGCAGCCCAAUGCCCACAGCAUGAGGGGAAUCAAAUGAAAGGAACCCCCCCCCUUGGGAAAUGGCUGGGCAAAGACGAUCCCUUGGUUUUUGUUCAUCCUGUUUCUGCCAAAUGUUUUUACUGUUUGCCCCUUAAGCGCGGAGGGUGGGGCACAUGACAAGGAGGGGGCUCCAGGAGAAGCUUUCAAGGUGGGGGGGCUGGUGGUCCUUG